UAUGAACUACAUAUCCCAUCGGCCCCGGGGCAGCUUCCGGUGCAACACGCCGGCGAUCUACUUUACGGCCGCAGCUUUUACGUCAGUUGGGUCCGAAGACCUCUACGGCUGAGACCAAGUUUCCGGAACAUGGGCGCUUUCAUGUCCCAGCCUCUGGACAGAGGGGAGGUCGUUGCGCCUCCUGAGGUUACUGCGCCCGCCAAACUCGCGCCCCUCUCCGCAUCUGAAGCGCCAGCCUCUCCGGCGCGAGGCCAGCGGUUUAAUAGCUGCUGGAGCUGCCGCGUGCUCUCCGGGUCGGGGCUGAUCGGGGCGGGGUUGUACGUGUGCAGUGCGGCGCGGAGGCGCAUGAAGCUGGGAUACACCCCCAAUCCAGGCAGUGCUACGCAGAUGGUCGUCGGCGUCAGCAUUGCAGCUUGGGGCCUAAUUAUCCUGGCAGACCCCAAACGGAAGGCUUACCGUACUGAUUGAAAAUACCUUCAGUGGAUUUGUCAUCUCCUGUAUCCAUCCUCAGGACACACAGAGCGAGCAUGGGGCUUAUGGAUGUAUAUGGACAGACACAUGGACAGACUUCAGCCCUGCAGAUACUACAAGACUGAAAAGUCAAAGCAGGAGUUCUCAUUCUUUGGCCAGGAGUGUUUGUGGCCUUUACAGGCUCUACAGGGACCAAUAAAUCCCUCAAAAGAGAGCAGAUUGUGUGUCUUAUCUGGGAAAGAAUGUGUAAUAAAAAAAAGGAGAA